AUGUUUAAGGUUAUGGUGGGAGCCACCGCCCUCGCUGCCUCCGUCAACGCUGCUUUUAGCUCCCUUUUGCGCCUCUUCGACUUCGCUAGAGCCUCCCUCGCUUUUCUCGCGACCUCUCUCCUCUUACUCGCCUCUUCCUCUCUCGCUCUUAUCCUCUCUUCUUCUCUUAUUCUCAUUCUCUCCUCGACUCUCGCUCUCUUCCUCGUUUCCUCCAUCUUUCUCUUUCUCGCUUCCUCUUGCACCCUCGUCCUUUGUUCAUCUCUCACCCUCUCCCUCUCUUCGACUCUCACUAUCUCCCUCUCUUCGACUCUCACUCUCUCCCUCUCUUCCUCUCUCACCCUCUCUCGCUCUUCCUCUCUCACCUUCUCCCUUUCUUCUAAUCUCACCCUCUCCCUCUCUUCCUCUCUCAACCUCUCCCUUUCUUCCGCUCGCACACUCUGUCUCUCUUCCUCCCUCAUCCUCUUCCUCUCUUCCUCUAUCACACACUUCCACUCUUCCUCUCUCGCCCUAUUUCUCUCUCCCUCUAUCUUCCUUUCUUCCUCUCUCACCCUCCUCCUCUCGUCCUCUCUCACUCUCUCCCUCUCCUCCUCCCUCUCCCUCUCUUCCUCUCUCUUUCUCUCCUCCAUCUCCCCAAGCCUCUCCGCCACUCUAGCCGUCACCUCCACCUCCACGGCGCGCAGCACGCACCAUCGGCUCACACCCAUCAGCUGCUCCAGAGACAUUUCCUCCGCGCUCUCCGUCUCUCCGCCCAUCAUGCCGCUCCCCGCCCCUCCGCCCAUCAUGGCGCUCACGCGCAUCGCCACCGUGAGUCACGCGCCCUUCCCCGCCGUCGCGACCUUCCCCGCCGUCACGCCCUUCACCGCCGUUGCGCCUUUCUCUGAAGGAAACUGCGCUUCUCCCCCUUUAUGCGCCUCUCCGCCUUAG